UGUGACUUGCUUUCGGGCACCUCCCCAGGGCGGAUGUUUGCCAACUCGGGGACCUCGGAAACUUCCUGCCUACUUAACCACAAUUAUGCCGUUGCCAUAGUUACCGUCCAACGGACCAUAACAGGCUGUCUGGUAGCUCUGGAAAUGCAACGCGGCCCUGUAAGUCCCGCUACCUUCGACAGGUGUGUAGCCAUGGAGACCAGGCCCGCGCCGCCGACCACCGCUUGGUACAAAGAGAGGUUGAAGACCAAGUAUCUCAAGAAUCCAUUGUCCAAGCCAACCUUGGACACCAAUGGCUGGCAUUUCUCAGUAGAUGACCUCAGAAAUGGCUGGCCACAGCAAGUCCCAUCUGAGGCCAGGACAGAUGCCUCCCCUGUUAUCUUCCGUGGCACAUCCAACCUCCCACUCAAUCGAAGACCCAAGAAGCAUUAUUCCAAAGAGCAAGCCUACUUUUCGAAACGGAACAUCCAGCAGCAAAUCUGCACAGGAAAGGUGGCUGCAUUGGAGGAGAAAUUCGAGCAGCAUCCUUUGGCUCUGUACCCACAUUAUGUGCAGAGCAUGCCCUUAGAGUUAUUCGAUCAGGUGCUAUCUGUUUUGGACCCAGAGAUGUGCAUAGACAGAGCCUCGGGAACCCUUACAUCUGUAGCAGGGCAUGUGGAUGGUGAAGAUGAGGAAUACAAAAUGGCGACAAAUGAAGCAGAAAUGGGAAGAUGCAAGGAAGGAACACCUGACGUUGAAAACAGCCUUGAUGGUCACAUAGCAAGUUCAAAGAACCCUUUAGAAGGACUGUGGGUUAAUGAGAAUGGUGCCAAGGAAGACCAGAGAGGCAUUGUGGAUCCACUCAGUUCUUUGCUUCAAGACAAGUGUGUAGAGGAAGUCGUCAGGCGUUUCUGCGACUGGCUCACCCCUUUGGGUGGAGAUAGAAAUGGCACUGUCACAUCCUUGCCCAGAUGUACAGAAACCGUCCUCUGUAAGGACCCAGAGCCAAAAAAGAGGGAACUCAGAGCUCAGACGCUCAGACAUGGAGUGCGCUCCCAGAAUCCUAAAACUUGGCGGGAAAGGGAGGAAAAUGAACUAUUGAGAGACUCGAGUGGCAUCUCUGAGGAGCUCGAAUUCCAAAGCCAAACAACUGAGAAGGAUGAGCUGCUGAGACAGAUGUACGUGACCCAGGCUUUCACACAGUAUGUCAUCAGCAAGGGGUUGAGGAUGCCAAAAUUUCUCAGCAAUCUCUCCUCAGAAGAAGAACAAAAUGCUUGGAUGAAAGGCGGGUCCAAUGCUGUUGGUUCUGCUCAGACUUGCAAAAGAACCACAGCAAGCUCGAAAGAGCUUUAAGAAAGCAAUCGGAUGUAGUGGUUUCACAGUCUUGUUAAGUUUCUGAGAUAAACCUGGAUACCUCACAUGGACAGUGUAUUUCAUUGUGUACAGUCAAAUGUGUAACAACUCUGUGACAUAAUGUCUGUGAUUCUCAGUAACUGCGAUUUUCUUAAAAUAUGUUUACUCUUCAAUGACUAAAGAAGCAGCAAAUAAAU